UUUUCCUUUCCUUUCCUCUUCUUUUCUUAUUUUAAUGGGAAAUCUUUUUCAAGACAUGAGUAUUGCUCUUACUAGAACUGGGAGGUUCUUUUUUGGCAGGUAGGGAAGAAGAGAACUAGCCUGAAGGAGAGAGUGGAGGAAGAAUUAUACAAUUUUCUCGGGUUUAUUAUACAAAAUUUGUGUUUCAGACACAGAAUCUAUGUAUCAGACCACACCGGCCAUGUACAACCUGAGUAGCGACCACACAGGUGACUUCACCCUUUUGGGCAUCCCUGGCCUCGGGCAGUACCACGUCUGGAUCAGCAUCCCCUUCUGCUUUAUCUAUCUCGCGGCCAUUGUGGGCAAUAGUAUCCUUCUCUACCUCAUUGCUGUGGAACAUAGUCUUCAUGCACCCAUGUUCUUUUUCCUUUCCAUGCUGGCCAUGACAGAUCUGAUACUGUCUACCACUUGUGUCCCCAAAACCCUUACCAUCUUCUGGCUUGGUCCCCAGAAAAUCAGUUUUCCUGGUUGUCUGACCCAGUUAUUCUUUCUGCACUACAGCUUUGUUCUGGACUCAGCUAUACUCUUGGCCAUGGCAUUUGACCGCUAUGUGGCCAUCUGCUCUCCCCUGAGAUACACCACUAUUCUGACUCCCAGGACCAUCAUCAAGAUUGCAGUGGGCAUCUCCUUUCGAAGCUUCUGCAUUAUCCUGCCAGUUGUAUUUUUGCUCACACGCCUGCCUUUCUGCAGGACACGCAUCAUACCGCACACAUACUGUGAGCACAUAGGUGUUGCCCGGCUCGCCUGUGCUGACAUCUCCGUCAACAUCUGGUAUGGCUUUGGUGUCCCCAUCAUGACGGUCAUCUCAGAUGUGAUUCUCAUUGCCGUUUCUUACAGCCUCAUCCUCCGUGCCGUCUUCCGCCUCCCCUCCCGGGAUGCCCGCCACAAAGCCCUUGGCACGUGUGGUUCCCAUGUCUGUGUCAUCCUCAUGUUUUAUACACCUGCCUUUUUCUCCAUCCUUGCGCAUCGCUUUGGGCACAAUGUCUCCCUCACUUUCCACAUCCUGUUUGCCAACCUCUACAUUGUUAUUCCCCCUGCACUCAACCCCAUUGUCUAUGGAGUGAAGACCAAGCAGAUCCGAGAUAAGGUCAUACUUUUGUUUUCCACCAAGGCUACGGAAUGAUGUUUCAA